AUGGGUUCCAUCUCGACAGCCGGAGAGGCGGUUGCGCGCAUUGCAUAUCUGUUUAGCGAUGUAGUUGUUUCUGUUCAGCCGUCUCUUGCGAGCGAUUCCGAGUUUUCCAAGUUCCUGCAGUCUUAUGCACAGAAUAAAGCGGCCGGCGUAGUCGCCAAGAACGUGCCCGAGAUAUUACCAGUCAGGCAAAAUGCAGACCCUUUGCUCUCAGUCUUUCAACCGAUCCGGUCUGGCAAGAUCACCUCAGUCACUACGGGCUCCUCCAUCCUUCUGCAGUCGAUACCUCACCUCUAUAAGCUCGCACAGUAUCCGGUCGUCAUUCAUGUCUCCCUUCAGCCGUCACGAUACCCCGACUACUCCGACAUCACAUCCAUCAGGCAGUCUGGCUUUACCUUCCUCCAAUCCGAGUCUCUCCAGGAGGUGCAGGACAUGGCACUCUCUGCCCACGCCCUUGCCAUCAAGUCCGGCAAGGGUGUAAUUCAUUUCUUUGACUCGGCAAACACGGACGAUGAGCCGAUCGCAUACGAGAACCGCGAGCUCGUGCGGCAAGUACUGGAUGUCGACGCUGCCAGGCGGUUCCAGGGUCAGAGCACUAGAGAGUCAAGCAUAUACGCCGAUGAUGGUCGGGUCGCCACUCUCUCAGUACCUAGCAGCCAAGUGGCGCCUCGCACAAACGGCGAGACGAACGGUUAUCUAACGCCAGCGGAGGAGAAGCCAUUGCCAGGCCGUGCAAGCACAAGAGAUUCGUCCUCUGUAGGGUCAUCAAGGCGCGAAAGUAGCACUAGCAGUGGUCCGUCUGCUUCAUCGGCAGCAACGUCGGUCGAGUCCAUCACAUCCCGGCCUGUCUCGUCCGAUGACAUCUACAACUUCAUUUCACAGAUCUGGGCAACGAUCCAGGACGCCACGGGCCGAUCAUACCAAGCCUUUGAGUAUUCGGGACCUUCCAGCGCGCAAUCGGCGCUUUUCAUAUUCGGUUCAGAUACUGCGUUCUUUUCUAGAGAGUUAGACGCUGCUAGCUCGUCGGACGUGUACGCAGGAGCUGGUCUUCUCACAGUAAGGCUGUAUCGACCUUGGUUGGGCGCAAAGCUAGCGGAAGUACUGCCGCGGUCUGUUAAGAAGAUUGCCGUGCUGGAGCAAGUGAGGCGCAAAACGACCAGAUGGGGACCACUUCUCAUGGACCUUCUCAUGUCCCUGAAAUCGGGUGGUGGCGAUGCACCAGUCAUCGUAGGCCAUCAGCUCGGGUACAUCGAGCCAGCGACUGCGCGGCAAGCACUCCGAGGAGUCUUCCAGAAUCUGCUGUCCGACUCUCCAAUCCAGAACCUCCAGAUCGGGAAUACCGAGGGACCUCAGAGUAUCGCUGCCGAUGUUCAGCUACAGCAACCUGAGCUCGAGAAUGCGUACAUGAAAGUUUUGAACCAGGUCUUCGGCGAUCGCUUGCACAUUGCCAACCAGCUGGGCUCCAGUCAUGCAGGCGUCUCUGCUCAGGUCGCAGCAAGCCCAGAGUUCGGCUUUGGCGCGCUUGUUGCACGGAUGGAGCACCGCAAGCGCUUCGUCCGUGAGGUGCAGCAGGCUGCUAGGGCAAAGGGCUUUGCUACCGAAUCCCCCACUCAGUGGCUCACGAAAUGGGCUCUUGAGGCAGAAGAUGCCACUAAAGCCAAUGCGCUUGCAGAGGAGGUAGUUUCUCGCUUGAGCACCGACGGAUCGCCAGCAGCUACUCAGCUCCUAGCCUCGAAAUCCCUAUUUCGCAAGGAGUCGCAGUGGUUAAUUGGCUCAGAUGCAUGGGCCUAUGAUUUGGGCAACUCCGGUGUCCACCACGUCCUCGCGUCGGGCGAGAACGUCAACAUGCUCAUCAUCGACUCCCAGCCCUACUCUGAGCGGGCGGCGGCCGAUGCAGCACGGAGGAAGAAGGACAUUGGCCUCUACGCCAUGAACUUCGGAAAUGCCUAUGUUGCGUCUACAGCUGUCUACGGCUCGUACACCCAAGUCUUGCAAGCCAUGAUCGAAGCCGAUCAGUUCAAUGGUCCCUCGGUCGUCCUAGCCUAUUUGCCGUACAACAAGGAGAGCGAUUCUCCGUUGACUGCGCUGCAGGAAACGAAGAAGGCCAUUGAUCUCGGCUACUGGCCGCUGUACCGUUGGGACCCUCGUGGCGAAGAGAAGGGCGAGGAAAACUUCAAGUUGGACUCGGAGCGCAUCAAGAAGGAACUGGAAGAGUUUCUUAGGCGAGACAACUACCUCUCCCAGCUAAUGAAGAGGCAUCCGGAGUUCUCCGCCAACCUUUCCCAGUCAUACGGCUCAGAGGUUCGGCAACUGCAGAAGCGGAAGGCUAAGGACGCGUACAGCACUCUUCUGGAUGGCCUGGCCGGCGCACCGCUGACUAUACUCUUCGCAUCGGACAACGGCAACGCGGAAACCCUAUCCAAGCGCUUGGGUAACCGGGGCAAGGCCAGGGGCCUGAAGACCAUGGUCAUGGCUAUGGACGAUUAUCCCAUUGAAGAUCUAUCAGAGGAGGAGAACGUCGUCCUGAUCACCAGCACCGCUGGGCAGGGUGAAUUCCCGCAGAACGGCAGGAACUUCUGGGAAGCUGUCAAGAACUCCACUGACAUCGACCUUGCGAACGUCAACUUCGCUUGUUUCGCGCUCGGUGACAGUCACUACUGGCCCAGGAAGGAAGACAAGAUCUACUACAACAAGCCGGGCAAGGACCUUGAUGCGAGGUUGCGCACACUGGGCGGCAAGGCGAUGACGGACUGUGGUCUUGGAGACGAUCAGGAUCCGGACGGCUAUCAGACCGGCUACAACGACUGGGAGCCGAAGUUGUGGCAAGCACUGGGUGUCGACAACGUCGAGGGCCUUCCGGAAGAACCUCCACCACUUACCAACGAGGAUAUCAAGACCGCUUCGAACUACCUUCGCGGCACCAUUGCGGAGGGCCUAGAGGACACUACCACUGGCGCGAUCUCCGCAAGCGAUCAGCAGCUCACGAAGUUCCACGGCACAUACAUGCAAGACGACCGUGAUCUUCGGGACGAGCGCAAGGCUCAGGGACUUGAGCCCGCCUACUCGUUCAUGAUCCGGUGUCGCCUAGCCGGCGGUGUUGCUACUUCCAAGCAGUGGAUCCAGAUGGACGAGAUCAGCACGCAGCUAGGCAACGAGACGAUGAAGUUGACGACCCGCCAGACCUUCCAGUUUCACGGUGUCGUCAAAGGCAAGCUCCGGCCGGCGAUGCAGGCAAUCAACAGGGCUCUGAUGACAACCAUCGCGGCCUGCGGUGAUGUUAACCGAAACGUCAUGUGCAGCAGCUUGCCACAGCACUCGCAGUAUCAUUCUGAGGUGCAUGCUGUAUCGAAGAGGAUCAGUGAUCAUCUGUUACCUUCAACGACCGCGUACCAUGAGAUCUGGCUUAAGGAUGAGAACGACCAGAAGACUCAGGUUGCCGGUGAUGCCAUCGUCGACAACGAGCCUCUCUACGGACCCACCUAUCUUCCCCGAAAGUUCAAGAUCACCAUCGCCAUCCCGCCCCACAACGACACCGACGUUUACGCCCACGACAUCGGCCUCAUCGCCAUCAAAGGCUCAGACGGUCACCUGGAAGGGUUCAACGUGCUCGCCGGUGGCGGCAUGGGUGUAACGCACAACAAUAAGAAGACCUACCCACGCACUGGAAGCAUGCUCGGCUACGUGCCCGCCGACCAGGUCCACAUCGCGUGCGAGAAGAUCAUGCUGGUACAGCGUGACCACGGCGACCGCAAGAACCGGAAGCACGCGCGCCUAAAGUACACUAUGGACGACAUGGGUGUGGACGUGUUCCGGAGCAAGGUCGAAGACAUCUGGGGCGCCAAAUUCCAGGAGCCUCGGCCCUUCAAAUUCGACUCCAAUAUCGAUACCUUUGGCUGGCAAAAGGACGAGCACGGCUUCAACCACUUCACCUUCUUCAUCGAGAACGGACGCAUCGAGGACACGGCCGACUUCCCCAUGAAGACUGGACUGCGCGAGAUCGCCAAGGUGCACAAAGGCGAGUUCCGGCUUACCGGCAACCAGCACCUCAUCCUGUCUGGAGUUGCGGACGAGGACCUCCAGUCGAUGAAGGACAUGCUGGCGAAGUACAAGCUUGACAACACCAACUUCUCUGGCCUGCGCCUCUCCUCAAGCGCUUGCGUCGCGUUCCCGACAUGUGGUCUUGCGAUGGCGGAGAGCGAGCGCUACCUCCCCGAGCUGAUCUCCAAGCUCGAAGGCGUGAUUGAGGAGGAGGGUCUCAGGCAGGACUCCAUCGUCAUGCGUAUGACUGGGUGUCCGAACGGUUGCGCUAGGCCAUGGUUAGCGGAGGUGGCCUUUGUAGGCAAGGCGUACGGCGCGUACAACAUGUAUCUGGGCGGUGGGUACCAUGGUCAGCGGCUCAACAAGCUGUACAGGAGCUCCAUCAAGGAGGAGGAGAUUCUGGAGAUCAUGAGGCCGCUGAUUAGGCGAUAUGCGAAGGAGAGGAAUGAUGGGGAGAGGUUUGGUGACUUCUGUAUAAGGAUUGGAAUGAUCAAGCCGACUAUGGAGGGCAAGACGUUCCAUGAUGAUACGGCGGAGGUGGAGGAGGAUGAGUAG